UUCACUAACUCUUCCCCCCGAUCGCGGAAAGCCUACUACGAACGCGCGCGUACGCUUUCGCGAAUUUCUUUGUUUCGCGAAACACCAAACGUCUCGGCGCUUCGAGGAAAAGGAAUUCGAUCGCGAAACGAUGAGUUUAUCCAGUAGACGGGAAUAUUCAAAAUCGAUCGCGUCCCCUUCGCCGCGGGUUUCUCAAGCCUCGGCGUUGCGCAUUUCCCAAGUCUCGACGUUGGAGCAGGGUUGGAGGACAUUGUCGACAUCCGUCGAUCGUUCGAGCUCGAAGCUCGCGGUAGAGUUUUCGAGGUUCGGUCGAGUCGAACGAUAGGACGAAUUGAACGGAUCGCGUGCCGGUUUUCCAGGGAUCUGAUCGUGGGAGAUGCGGAGCAACAGCCGUCGGAACACGCGUCCGAAUCGUCGGAAUCGUCCUACGAGGAGUACGAGGAAUACGAAGAGGAUGCAAUCUCCGAGAGCGAUAGAAGUUUGCGGAAGUAUCGCGCGAAGACGAUCGAGGAACCGCGUCGCGUGGCGUCGUUGGUAGGAAAAGGCGCUUAUUUUAGUAUUUCGUCGAAACUGCUAAAAAGAUACUCGCGCGCGUUGCAGUUGGAGAGACGAUGACGCGAGAUUCGCAUAGCCGUUCGCGACGUCGAGGGCUAGCGACGAGAUUUUCGAACCUCGUCGAAUCCGCGUUCGUUUCCCGCAUGACCGAGCUUCUCGAAUUCGAAUCUCGUUCGAUUUAGAGAGCGCCGCCGGUCGCGGUAACGCCCCGUCCCGAAAAGAUGAAGCGCGGAAAGCGAGGUUCGCCGAAGGCGAAGCCCGCCGUGGACGAGAAGAGCGCGACGGACAGCGAAGAACUGGUCGACCCCAGGGAACGAGCGAUGAAAGAUCUGAAGGAGGAGAUUCGCUUAGAGGAACACGAGGAGAAACAGGGAGCGCUGUUGGACGCGAAAGAUGCGGCGAUUCGAGAGGCGCAGUUGGAGCGGACGACGGCUGUUUUCUCGAGACAUUGGGCGGUGCACACCGAGAACGAACGACUUAUCGAACAGCAGGAACGCUGGGCCCGUUACGGGACUUGCGACGGACUGCCGGACCCCGAGUCGCUGCCCGAACUGAACGCUUUCGCUUAUAUCUGGUCGACGGAGGAGGAAGACGCGAGCAUGGACAACGUCGAGGAGAAGCGUCGAGCGGCGAUUUGCCUGCUGAACAAGCUGGAAGAAAUCGUUCGUUUUUCUAUGGCCGUUUCGAAGAAGUACAGAGCCGAGCACAAAGAGAUCGCGACCGAAUUACGAAACAGGCUUCAACGGUGGAUAGACAUGGCGUGUUAUCGAUUACUGCGUAACAUCGAGGAGAACAUGAUCCUGGAGGACCCGAAAACGGUCGGAUACGUUCGAGCGACGGAAAAGCUGGUCUGCUGUUUCUGGGCACCGAUCACGUUACCCAUCGGAAUGAAACGACCCAUGUUGGCCAAGGAUCUGAAGCCGAUCCAGGUACAAUUCAAGGAGAUGCAGCUGACGAUCAAACUGCCGACGGACGUCGACUGCCAUCGCAUGGCGAUCAGAGGACUCUGGCUCGCUCACGAUCAUUAUUCGGCGGAAACGCGAUCUCGUCUAAUGCCCGAUCUUCCGGAGCGCUUGCUCGGACUGUGGGGUCGCUCUCCCGGUAGGCCACGGUUCGCUGUCGUUUCGACCUUCGCGUUUCAUCCUUCUCUUCUUCCAGAUAUGCUCGAAUUCGCGAGAAACGAAUACCGGGAGAAGGUUCGUAUACGAGAGGAACAAGCCGAAGAUCGACGCUUACGUUUGGAGGAGAAAAAAGCGUUGCUGGAAUUAAUGGAACAUCCGCCAGCGAUUGCACCCGAGAGGAGAACCAAACGGGGCAAAAAGAAGAGACCGCGAUCCGCGCGCAGAGACAGACGAGCGGAGCUCGAUUCCGCGUUGUCCUCGAAAGCGGAAUCGUUACCCUAUUUGCCGACUCCGUACGAGAUCGUUCGUCAAAGAGAAGACGAGGCGAGACUGGAGGUUAGGAGACUGCUGUUCACGCGAUGCGAAAAGACCGAGGUGAACCUGCGAAAGUAUCGAAUUCUCGGCGGAGUAUUUCGCGUGGAUCUUCUUUACCAACCGCCUCAACCGAAGGACCUCGGAAAAGGAACUUACUUGACCACUCUCGAGCUGCCAAAGGAACCGAAGUUCGUGGCGUUCUCGAGACGCUACGUGACGCCGGAGCCGGUGCCCGAGUCCGAGAGAACACCGGAAGCGAUAGAAGCAGAAAUGAAAGCGUUGGAACUGGCGAUGGAGGCGCUCGUUCUGAUCACUCUGAGGCUACCCGACACGAUCUUUUGGUUCGAACCGCCGUUGAUCGCUCAAUGGGUGCCGGAAAAGGAAAUCUGGUCGACCAAGCACAUUCACGACGUGAAAUUCAACGAAGAACAGAAAACGAUCGCGUUCAGAAGCGGCAGAUUAGGCGUUCACGGCUUGGCCGCCUACAAAUUCUCUAAUCUUCCGUUCCAGAGUUGGGAACUGAAACCGGAAACGGGGAAAAGUGGCCGCGAACACGGCGGAGUGGUGCUCUCCAUAACGGCCGCCACGAUUCAAGUCGAAUUCGUCGUCAGGGAAGAUCGGGUCUGCUUGAACUCGCUGACCGGCCACUCGAACGAUCCACUCAAAGGGAUACUCGGCGAAUACGACGAUCUGGAGCGUCUGAUCAAGCGAUUGAAAUCACUCGGUUGCGAACUCUUUCCUGAUCGUGACGCGAUCUCUUAUCUGACGGGAAUCAACACGAAACAUCCCGCCGCGGAAAAUCAUCUGCGACGAUGCAUGGCUAUGCUGUCUACCGCGUAUGCCUUCGCUUGGUCGCGAUGGAACGCCACCCGCGACUUUCGUCAGAUAGUCGUGCAGUUGAAAGAGAUGCACGGUUGCUUGGCCAAAGAGCGCACCAAUCUGACGCUGUUGGUAACGCCAUCGAGAACCAUGCGCGUACGUUGCACCGAGGUCAGUCCAGAGUUCUCCGAAUUACCAUAUGACGAGCACGACACCGAGUAUUAUUCCGACCUGUAUCAGCUGGCGCUGCACACCGCCGGCAUCAAGAGCCGACUCUUGAUGGAAAGGAUCUCGUCGAAAUUGGUAUCGACGGUCGUUCGACUGCUCGAAAGGACCAACGUUAUCGGCAUGUCUUCCUGACGCGUCUCGAUCGUCGGUCUUCUCUGGAAUCUGAAAUUCGAAAUCUGGAACGGGAAUAAA